AUGAGCAAUGCCAAAAUUUUAUUAAAGAGGAAAAAAUUGUACGAACAGGAAAUAGAAAACAUUUUAAAUAAUCGGCUAACCCUGGAAGACAACAUGAUCAAUUUGGAGAACAUGCAUUUACACAAAAUCGCAGUUAACGCCUUGUCUUAUGCAGCCAGCACGCACAAAAAGCUGAACAGUGAAAUAAAUACGAAGAAGGUGGAGAAAAUUAUCGACACGAUUCAAGAAAAUAAGGACAUCCAGGAGGAGAUAAACCAGGCCCUCACCUUCAAUCUGCUAAAUAAUGUGGACGAUGACGAAAUCGACAAGGAGCUUGACCUACUGAAGGAACAAACCAUGGAGGAAAAACUCACAUCCAAAGUUAACAAAAUACCGGAGGUCCCCCGAGAUAGUUACCCUUUGCAUGUGAAGGCUAGCGAACAGCUAAUCGAUAAGACCACCGAGGAGUCGGACGACGAAGAAUUGAAGGAGCUAAUAGGAGAAAUGACAUGA